CAUUCACGACACCUUCAGGAGGCUCCGUCAAGAUGACUGUUAUCAACCAAGCCCUCGCCUCUUCGCGGAGCAAGUCCCGCAAGGCUCACUUCCAGGCCCCCUCCAGCGAGCGCCGCCGUAUCAUGAGCGCCAGCCUGUCCAAGGAGCUUCGCGAGAAGUACGGAGUCCGCUCCAUCCCCAUCCGCAAGGACGACGAGGUCACCAUUGUCCGUGGCUCCAACAAGGGCCGUGAGGGCAAGAUCACCUCCGUCUACCGUCUCAAGUGGGUUAUCCACGUUGAGCGUGUUGUCCGCGACAAGUCCAACGGCCAGAGCGUUCCCCUCGGUAUCUCCGCCUCCAACGUCGUCAUCACCAAGCUCCACCUCGACAAGGACCGUGAGGAGAUCCUCGCUCGCUCCGCCAAGGGUCGUGAGGCCGUCAAGAACAAGUCCGCUUAAAGGAUUUAUGUGUAGG